UCCCAGCGGUCCCCUCCCUCGCUCGCUCGCAGCCCGCUCCCGCUCGCUCCCUGCCCACUCCCGGGGGGACGUUCCGCGCCGCGGCCCCGCGGCCGCCGCUUCUUUCACACUUUAGUUGGGAGCUGCGCGCCGCGCUCAGUUACUGGAGAGCUGGCCGCGCGCGGUCGCCUCCCGCACGCACGCACGCGGGCCGGGCUCCGGGGUUCUCGGCGUCUACUCCGAGCGGCGGGGAGGAGGGGGACACCCGGACUCACCGUGGGGAGGCGGAGGAAGAGGAGAGGAGGGAGGAAGAGAAAAGGCGAGGAGGCAAGGGGCGGGGGGCGGGAGGCUUGCCACCUUCAGCCCCCCCCGCGAGCGCCCAAGGUGCGCACGUCCUGACCGACUCAGCAGGAAGGUGGAUUUUCUUUGUGUUUAAAGAAAAAAAAAUGUCCCCGUGUCUGUAGAGAUGAUUUGCAGUUCAGCCCGGCUGAAGCUGACCGAAUGAGACUAUGGGCUGUGCCUCCGCCAAGCAUGUUGCCACUGUUCAAAAUGAAGAGGAAGCCCAGAAAGGGAAGAACUACCAGAACGGAGAUGUGUUUGGCGACGAGUAUAGGAUCAAACCGGUGGAAGAGGUCAAAUACAUGAAAAAUGGGGCAGAAGAGGAGCAGAAAAUAGCAGCCAGGAACCAAGAAAACUUGGAAAAAAGUGCCAGUUCAAAUGUAAGACUUAAAACUAAUAAAGAGAUUCCAGGAUUAGUUCAUCAACCCAGAGCAAACAUGCACAUCUCUGAAAGCCAACAAGAAUUCUUCAGAAUGCUGGAUGAAAAAAUUGAAAAGGGUCGAGAUUACUGUUCGGAAGAAGAGGAUAUCACAUAGCACCAAUUCGACCACUCAAACCAGGAGCUACUACUGUGUAAAUAAGUUACACCCCAGUUGAAAUCUUUGCAAAGGUCGGUUCUCUUCAACGAACAGCACUAUAGCAAACGAAGAUCGUUCCAUAUCGUAUGCCCCAUUAAAUUACAGUGUUUCUUAAUGAACUUGCAAAGGAAUAUUGCUAAAAACAAACAAACAGAAAACCGUUCUCGAACUUUCUUUGUUGCUGCUAGUUAAAACUUGUUGCAACUUUUCACUUCUCUUGUGUCCAGGUAUGCAGCAAAAUUCUGCAAUUUCACCUUAAAGAUACUGUUGGUUUUACAGAUGCUCUCCAACCUAUUUUCUAUAAGAUGAGGUAGUGGUGAACUCAGAUAUCAAACUCCUGUUGUAGAACUGUUCCGCUUCUAAGACAAGCGUCUCCUUCCCUCUCUCCUCCCUCCCUCCCUGUCUCUCCCGAGCGGUCCAGAGCCUUGCUUCUCACUGGCAGUGUUGCGCUUUGGAGAUGGGAUGGUUGCUAUGGCAAGCUUUGUUUCUCUGCUAAGAAGAAGUAGAGAAGCUCUUAUCCAUUAAAAGCAUGUUGUGACGUGACUCCCGGAGUGACGUGGGAGUGAGCAGCAGGUGUCAUUGACUAGGGAUCUUAAUCAAGGAUUAAGCUUGCAACACUGGCUUUGCUCAGAUGCAGACGGAAGUGUGAUCACAAUCAUUUUGAAUCCCUCUUCCCCACUUUUUUUUCUAAGAAAAUAAACAUUUUACUGUUUUUAUGUA